AUUGAAACUAGAAAACUUGCUGACCUCAGUGUUGAUGAGUUCCUGACCUCCGGAUUUGAUUCCGAUCUUGGUGAUGAUGAUGAUGAUGAUGACAACUCAGGAGGAGAUGCUUGGAUGCUGAAUGGAGUGAACGGAAAGCCAAGCCAGAAUGGAAAGACUGGCAGCAAGAAGAAGGCAAUCCUCAAAUCAAAACCGACGGAAAAGAAUCUGAAGAAGGGGAAAGCUUCGCAGCAUAAAGACCAACUCUCCCGGCUGAAGGAAAAGGAUCCGGAAUUUUACAAAUUCCUGGAGGAAAAUGACCGCACCCUUCUUAAUUUUGACGAUUCAGACAGUUCCGACGAGGACCUUCAUGUCCUACCUGAAAAACUGGAGGAAGCAAGUGAUGAGGAUGAGGAUGAUGACGAAGAAAAAGAAAAGGCUACGAAACGGGAAAAAAUUGAGUUUAUCACUGUGACUUUGAAGAUGGUGGAACAGUGGAAACAGGCUGCAGAGAGGCAGCUCUCGCCAAGACUUUUCCAUGAGAUCACUCAGGCUUUCAAGGCCUGUGUGGUGACAGCGAAAGGGGAUGCCGUUGGGAUGGAACCAGGGAAGUUCAAAGUCAUCGACAGCACAGUCUUCAAUACGCUUGUCUCCUUCUGUGUUCGCGAUCUGUUUGGUCUGCUGCAGAAGUACCUCCAGGUGAAAGCGGCCAAGAACAAGGCCAAGAUGGUCUUGCCUUCUUCCAGUCCGCUUUGGGGCAAGAUGCGCCUGGAUGUCAAGUCUCACCUUGGCUGCACCAUCCAGCUCCUCUCCUGUUUAACGGAAGCGUCUGUAGGAGCCGCUGUUCUCCAGCAUGUCAAUGCCAUUGUGCCUUAUUACCUGACUUUCCCAAAGCAGUGCAGAAUGCUGCUCAAGCAAGCCAUUCGGCUCUGGAGCACGGGCGAAGAAACUGUUCGGGUGCUUGCCUUCCUGGUUCUCAACAAAAUCUGUCGGCACAAAAAGGACGUCUACUUGAACCCAAUCCUUAAGCAAAUGUAUAUUUCCUAUGUGAAAAACUCCAGAUUCACCUCUCCAAACGUCCUUCCCAUGAUCAACUUCAUGCAGCGGACUUUGACGGAGAUGUACGCGCUGGACACGUCCAUCUCCUACCAGCACGCCUUCAUCUAUAUACGCCAGUUGGCUAUUCACCUGCGCAGCGCCAUGACCGUGAAGAAAAAGGAGAACUACCAGUCUGUUUACAACUGGCAGUACAUUCACUGCCUGUAUUUCUGGUGCCGGGUCCUGAGCACGCUCUAUCCCAGCGAAGUCAUGGAGCCUCUCAUUUACCCUUUGACGCAAGUCAUUGUUGGCUGUAUUAAGCUGGUACCCACGGCUCGGUUCUAUCCCUUGCGCAUGCACUGCGUCCGAGCGCUGACCCUUUUGUCGGAGAACACUCGGACCUUCAUUCCCGUCCUGCCUUUUAUUUUGGAGAUCUUCCAAGAAGUCGACUUCAACAAGAAGCCCGGCCGCAUGAGCAACAAGCCCAUAAACUUUGCUGUCAUCUUGAAGCUCUCCAAUGCCAACCUGCAGGAGAAAGCCUUCCGGGAUGGACUCAUUGAUCAGCUGUACGAUUUGACUUUGGAGUAUCUUCAUAGCCAGGCCUACGUGAUUGGGUUUCCAGAGCUAGCUCUCCCAGCUGUUCUUCAGCUGAAGACUUUCCUGAAGGACUGCAAGGUUGCCAACUAUUGCAAGACCAUCCGUCAGCUCUUGGAGAAGCUGCAGGAAAACUCGGCCUACAUCACCGCCAAGCGCCAGAAAGCCACUUUUGGCGUUGCGAACCGGGACGCUGUGGAACAAUGGGAAAAGAAGGUCAGAGAAGAAGGGACGCCGCUGACGAAAUACUACGCUCACUGGAAGAAGCUCAGGGAGAAGGAGCUGCAGCUGGAGAUCAGCGGCAAAGAGCGGCUUGAGGACCUGAACUUGCCUGAAAUCAAGCGGAAGAAGCCAGGCGAACAGAAAGAGGACGACAAGAGGGAAUUUAGGGAGCUUUUUGAGAUGGACAGCGACUCCGAGGAGGAAGGGACUGGCAGCCUCUUCGUCAAAGGCAAAUCAAAGACCAAGAAGGGCAGCCUAGACAGGGCAUCAGGUGGCGGUGGCAGUGAAGAGGAAGACGACGAUGACGACGAAGGAGAAUAUGAAGUGCAGGAUGAUGAUGAAGAGGACGAGGAAGAGAACUGGAGUGAUUCUGAUGGGGAAGAAGGCGAUGGCGGGGCCAAGCCCAAGGGAGCCGGGAAGCAGCUGUCUGCGGCCGAACUGCGGCAACUGGCUCAAGGACCGGAGGACGUGGUGGAAGAGCUGGACUUCUCCGACGAGGAGGGUGAUUGACCGCUGGCUGGCUGGGAGAGCCACACGGGGCUUUGGGGAGCGGGGUGACCCGGCUUUCCCCUUCCGAGAGGCGGGAGGACCUUGCUCCCUCGAAGCUGCCACCAACUUGGAACGUGGAAACCUUCUCGAGGGGACUUUUUUACGGGUUUGGGGAGAAACGGUAAAAAUUGCGGUUUGGCCAUGAGGCUCCGGCAAUAAAAGAACGCGGUGAAAAAUACACCUUUUUCAGUGGC